UGGGCAAAAAUAUCGACAUCUCUACCAGUCGCGUGUUCGCAGAAUUAUUGCAAUUUUCGUCGUUAAAAUCGAGCCAAAAACGGACAGGAGACGCUGAAAAAGGGCAAUAACUACAAUCGCACGGCGGCUAAGAGCCUGCGAUCCACAGGACAUGCGAAUCGGCGAUUGCAAAUGCCAGUUGCAACAAAGCGCAGCCACUUUCGUUUGUGAGUGACUACUUUAGAGGGUGAAGACGCACUCCCCAGGCAAAAAGCCCGAGAACUUUUCCUCGUGGAUCACAUAUGCGCGCAGCCACAACUAUUAGAUCAUCACAUCUAUAAAGGAAGGAAGGACGUAGCAGGGAAUAUAAAUAUAAUAAAGGAAGUGGCAGAAGAAGGAGCGAAGGAGAGACGCUAGGCCCCUCGUUUCCCAUCCCAGCCAACAGUCGUGUGAAAGCGUCUUGAAUGGAUCCAUUUGUUGGCUGGUUUCAGAAGGAACAGGAGGGACCAUCGCUGCGCACAUGGUUAAAGAUUUGGGAGACGAAUGCCCAGGAGAUGGGCGCAUCGCUUGAUCAGCAGUUACAGCAAGCAACGACGACGACGACGGUGAUUAACGGUAGCACCACCAGCAGCAGCACCAGCAGCAAUAUCAGCGGUAACAGCAGCAGCAACAAUAACAGCAGCGGUAACGGUAACAGUAACGCGGCUAACACUAAUAUUAAUAACAAUUCAACGGGCAAACCCUACUUAUCACGGCCAAAUAGCUCACUGGGCCGUGUUCUUAACUUUCGGGCGGAUUCCCAGGAGCAGCAGCAGCAGCACCUUAACGGUACCACGCAGCAGCGGCACAGUAGUAGCAGCAGCAGCAGUGUAAACAGCAGCUCGGCCACCUCGGAUUCCGCAACAAAUCGGGACAAUAAUUCACCCGCCAACAGCAGUAGCAGCAGCAUCACAUCUACAAACGGAGCCGGAACGAACAGUCCAGCAAGCACGGCAGGGGCAACUACUGCCGCUGCAACUGCAGCGACUGGACCGCCAGCGACGACCAGUAUGAACGAUACUACGUCACAGACGACGACCACGAACACGACGACGACAGGUGGUGCCAGUCGCACGAACAGCAUCUACUACAAUCCGUCGCGAAAGAAACGGCCGGAGAACAAGGCUGGCGGGGCCCAUUACUACAUGAACAACCACAUGGAGAUGAUUGCCAAGUACAAGGGUGAGCCCUGGCGAAAGCCAGACUUCCCCUAUGGCGAAGGUGUCAUCGGGCUGCAUGAGGAGAUCGAGCAUUUCUAUCAAUACGUCCUGCCCACGCCCUGCGAGCACGCCAUCCGCAACGAGGUGGUCAAGCGCAUCGAGGCCGUUGUCCAUUCCAUCUGGCCGCAGGCGGUGGUUGAGAUCUUUGGCUCCUUUCGCACCGGUCUCUUUCUGCCCACCUCCGACAUUGAUCUCGUUGUGCUAGGUUUAUGGGAAAAGCUGCCGCUGCGCACGCUGGAAUCCGAGCUGGUGGGUCGUGGUAUUGCGGAAGCGUGCACAGUCCGUGUACUGGACAAGGCAUCUGUGCCGAUCAUCAAGCUGACGGAUAGAGAGACGCAGGUGAAGGUUGACAUAUCGUUCAAUAUGCAAAGCGGCGUUCAGUCAGCGGAGUUGAUUAAAAAGUUCAAGCGUGAUUAUCCGGUGCUGGGGAAGCUGGUGCUGGUCCUAAAGCAGUUCCUGCUGCUCCGCGAUCUCAACGAGGUGUUCACCGGCGGCAUCUCCUCCUAUUCGCUGAUCCUCAUGUGCAUCAGCUUCCUGCAGCUGCAUCCGCGUGCCAUCUACCACGAGACGGCCAAUCUGGGUGUCCUACUGCUCGAAUUUUUCGAACUGUACGGUCGUCGGUUUAACUAUAUGAAGAUCGGUAUUUCGAUUAAGAACGGCGGUCGGUAUAUGCCCAAGGAUGACCUGCAGAGGGAUAUGGUCGAUGGCCACAGGCCAUCGCUUCUUUGCAUUGAGGAUCCGCUGACGCCGGGCAAUGACAUUGGACGGAGCAGUUAUGGGGUCUUCCAAGUGCAGCAGGCUUUCAAGUGCGCCUACCGCGUUCUCGCUCUUGCCGUUAGUCCGCUCAAUCUCCUCGGGAUCGAUCCGCGCCUUAACUCCAUACUGGGUCGAAUCAUCCACAUCACCGACGACGUCAUCGACUAUCGCGAAUGGAUCCGAGAGAAUUUUGAACACCUUGUGAUGGUGGAGCGCAUCUCGCCACUGCCCGUCACUGCUGCAGCCGCUGCCGCUGCCGCCGCUGCGGCGUAUGCCACCACAAAUGGUGCACCCAAAUAUGUGAUUAUGCCCACGGGCGCCGUUGUCCAGCAGCUGUACCAUCAUCCGGUGCAAAUGCCCACUGCCCACGGCAGCCACACCAGUCACUCGCACAGCCAUGCCGGGCACACUUCUAACGGUCAUCCCGGCCAUCUGGGACAGUCGUUUGUCACCGGUUCAUCGGCCACGACAACGACCACCACGGCGGUGGCAGUGGUGGGGGUGUCGGCGCCUGGUAAUAGCGCCCAACAGCAGCAGCAGCAACAACAACAACAACAGGCGACAAAGGUCCAGCAACAGCAAUCGCAGAACCAAUCGCAGUCGCGUCACAGACGUGGCAGCACCUCGUCCGGCGAUGAUUCCGAGGACAGCAAGGACUGUGAGAUUGUUGAAGGGUCGCCGGAGAUCAUUGACAUCACAUUGUCGCCGCCGAAUGGAAUGGUUGGCGCCAUGCCCGCCAUGCCGUUGCCUGUGAUCGCUGUUGGUAUGCCAACGACCAGCAGCAGCAGUUGGAAUGGAAGCGGAAGCGGACGCGGAAAUGGAAACGGAAACAGCAGCUCAUCCACGGGCUCGUCGCCGGAAACUGCCCACAUCGUCGUUGCCCAGGAGAUGGACCCAGAGCUGGAGCUUCAGGCGCCACCGCCGCCACCGGCUGAGACCUCAACCGGCGCCAGCUCAGGAGGAGGCACUGGCUUCGGAACGGGAUCUGGCGGCAGUGGAGGACGCAACUACAACCAGCGCAGCGGUGGCGGCAGCGGCGGCCACAAUUCCAGCGGCUACUACCACCAGCAGUACUAUGUGCCACCGCCCAUGCAGCAGCAGCAGCAACAGCAGCAGCUGAGCAAGUCCAACUCCUCCUCCUCAUCCUCGAAUUAUCACCAGCAGCAGCAGCAUCAUAGUCACAGUCACCGGCAACAGCAGCACCAUCAUCAUCAUCAUCAUCACCACCAGCAACAGCAGCAGCAACAGCACCAGCAGCAUCAUCACCACCAGCAGCAGCAGCGGCCGCAGCAUUUACGGCUAGGCGGCGGCGGCAGCAGUCGCUACCAAAAAUCUGUGGGAUCCCCGACCAUUGGCACCGGCAGUACGUCGUCGACCAGCAGCAAUAGUAGCAGCAGCAGCAGCAACAACAACAACCAUCGACUGCCGCCGCUGAGGGGCACGCUGGUGAACUCAUCGUCGGCUAUAUCAAUCAUUUCCAUAUCGUCGGAAUCAUCGAUAGCCAGCAGCAGCUCCAGUUCGUCGCGAUCUGGCCAAGAUGGGCAGCAUCACCAAAACGAGCGGGACGAGCGAUAGGAAGGAAUAAGCAAAUAAGAAAGAGAAGAUAGUGUUCUCUCUGGUUCAAAACUGCAAAUAUGUGUGUAUGCUGCAUUUUUCUAAUUCAUCCUGAAUCCUGAUCCUAAUCCUGAUUCUGAUUCUGAAUCCUCCUAAAAGGUAAUAUUUAGAUUUAUUUUUAACAUUGCGCUGUCUCGCUUGAAUCUAGAAACGGAACUAGAAAAGCAAAACAACAAAAGGAACCUACUAACAACAUAAUAUUAAGGAACACUUUGCCUCUGAUUGCGUUAAAUAUAUUUCAUUUUGUUUCUAAAAUAAACAUGAAAGCAAAGAAAAAAAAAAAAAAUAAAAAUAUAUUAUAGAAGAUAAAUAAUAUAAAAUAUAAAUAUAAAUAUAUAUAUAUAUAUAUAUAUGUAUUAUAUAUAUUUAUAUAUAUAUAUAAAAGUAAACUCAUAAUUAGUUUGUAAUAAUGGUUUAAAGAGCGAUAAAAUGAAGUGUGAAAUUAGCUGGUAAAUAUGAAAUAUUUUAAGAACAAACCGCAUUCGUAUGUUUCUAAAAUCUCUCUAGAGCUCAACACACACACACACAUGCAUAUAUACACACAACCAAACCACCCUAACCCCAACCUUUUAAACUAAAAAAGAAAAAAAUACUAAGGUGCUUCACAUUUUCAAACAUAAUUUAUCUAAAAAUAAAAUAAAUACAAUUUUUUGAAGACGCAGAAAAUGUAAAAAAAUAAGAAAAAAAAAUCAAAAAGAACCCCUGUACCCUUACCCUUACCCCUCAUCCCUCCCCUGCAUUGUUAAACAUUAAUUAAGAUGAUUGCUAACUGUAAUUUUUAUGCCUGAAAUGUAAAUUUUUUUAUGAUUUAUUUACUUACUAUUACUUAUGAUGCUUAAUAUUUUUAUUAGUAGUUUUUUAAACAUAAUUUUAAGCGAAACGUCUGCUAAACUAAAAACAUUGUAAGAACACACAUUGCAUUCAAAAACAGAAAAAAACCAAGUCUAAAAGCAAUUGUGUUUUAAAAACAAAAAAGCAAAAGCAAAAAAAAAAACAACAAAAAACAAAAACCACACAAAAAGCUACAAAAAAAAAGAAACCUACAAAAAAAGAAAUGAAACUUUUGUUUGAUAUUAUUUACGAUUAUUAUGUUGAUUAUGAUUAUGAGUAUGCCAAGGCGCUUUCAUCGAUUCCUGCCAUUGUUUUUUUUUUUUUUUUUUUUGUAAUUUAGUUUUGAGAGCGCUUUCUGUAAAUACUUAGUUAACACAACCUCACACCCCUCGCCACCCCCUUUCUAAACGCACUGCCAUUUCGAAAAAGGUUUUUUUCUAAAAGAAAAACGUCGAAAAAAAACGAGAGCUAGCAGAGAUGAGUAGAAAACAAAAAAAAAAACAAAAAGAAAAAAACAUUUAGACUUUGUACAUGUAUAACAUUUUUUAGGCUGUUCUUUCCAUUUUGUAAGAGGAAAACCAAGCAAGAAGAAAUCGAACUAAUUGUAAAGUUAUGCCAGAAAAUAGCUUAUCGAUUUGUGUGUGUUGUCAAACGAUUAUACAAAAAUAAGCGAGUCUAGCAACCUGACUCGGGAUCUGUGGCGGCACUAGACAAAAACACUGAUUAUUUCACAAUAUCAUCUGGCAGUAAUUUUUUAGUUAAGUUUUUGUUGUGAAGAGAUUAGAAAUGGAUUUGCUCUUUUAAUUUGCUAUAUUCAGGUGAGAAAUAGUUUAUAAUUAUAAUUGAAUCAAAAAGUUUUCAAAAAUCUGUCUAGUGUUAAGUCCCAAUCCCGAUGCCCAGUGUUGGCAAAUGAUCGAAAGUGCUCUCUCCCUUUCGCACGACGAGACUCCUACAAGCUUGCAGCUGAGAGCUUUGAAGCCCACCUUACUUACACAUACACGCGCACUCUCUCACUCACACUGGCGCAUCCAGAAGCACUUCAACACACACAGACACAGCACAGGAUAACAGAGAGAGAGAGAGGAGAUACGGUAGAUUUAGCGUAGACUGGUAAAACAAAAAGAGCAAAAAGUGAGAGACAGAGAGAGAGAGAGAGAGUAGCAUGUAAGAAUUAUUAAAUUUAUGCACUCGUCUGUUGAAUAUUUAUAUAAAUUAUAUGUAUGUAGUUACUAAUAUUAACUAAUUGAUAAAUAUACAAUAUUUAUAUGCAUAACUGUGGACAAACAAAUGUUUAGAAUUAGCAAUCUAGCCACGUAAGACUCCGUACAUCGUAAAUCGACAACUAAUUAGACUACCAGGGCAUACAUAUACCUACAUACAUACAUAUGUAAGCACUCUCACACACACACACACACACCACGCAUAAUCGCUAUAAUUGUUGAGGUUAUGUCGUAGAUUUUUCAAUAUCCGAUCACUGUUCACCUCUAGCCUAGCGAAGUAAGCUGAAAAAAAAACAAAGAAACUGAAAACUAACUGUAAAACAUAACGCCAUCUCUAUACUGAAUUCCAUCAGUCUCUUUCUUGUCUUGUCUUUCGUUUACGUUAUAGCUUCAAUCCAAUUUUAUACCCUUGCCCAUCACCAGGCGAAUCGAUUUAGCCAAGUCCGUGUGUCUGUUCCUAAGCAAUCAGUUCAAAUGAUAUUCAUUUCAAACUAUCUUUUAAGAGAUUUAGGUUUAAAAACCUAUUGGAUCGGUCAACUCCACCUUAUAGCUGCCAUAUAGAAGCGAUCAUUUUUUACACCUACCAUAAGAAACUUGCCUGUAACUGCAAGGGUAUUAAGAGAUACCCUAUAAUGACAAGAGGCACGUUACGCAUCUUGUUUUUAUUGGGUCUUUGGUAUCAACAUCUUCGGCUUGCUGAAGAACGCUUCCUUUCUAGUUUACUCUCCGUAUGUAGGAUGCAUAUACUCGAAAUACAUUUUUUUGUCGUCGCGAUAUUAGUGGGUAUUUAUAAAUGAAAUGAAAUUUAAUUUAAUUACAUUUAACGCAACUAAAUUCAAUUCAAGUGAAUCGAUCGAUGAAUAACGUGUAUAUGAUAGAGUUUAAUAGCUGUUUAAGGAGCAUAAGGAAUCGGAAUCGUAAUAAUUUAGUAUAAACCAAAUGAGAGACAAUGCUAAAUCGAACUAAUUGUAUAAUUAGUGAAAAAUAUGAAACGAAAGCGAUAAGCAAAAAGAUGCGACAAAUAAAAGCCGGCAAAAACUACAA